UGCAACCCGCGGCUGCGCGCCUCAACUUCCGGGACACGGGGUUAAAAGCUGGAAUGUUUUGGUUUUGAAGUCACAGCCACAGUUUCAGACACUUUGUCUGAACAAGUCUUUAAAUUUAUGUCACAUUAGACUUACUGUCAGCGACACAAAUGGACGCUCUGCACCGACACCGCUCACUUUAUAAAGGAACGACGCCGCCAUGGAAAGAAACGUACCGCAAGCGCUGUGUCGACAGGCUAAAAAACAGCCGGUCCAGGCUGCUGGAGAGAUACCGCCAGAUCGAAGACAGCCAGAAGAAAAACUCCGGGGCCUCCAUCAUCGUCCAGGAGGUGAUGGAGGAGGAGUGGACCGCCCUGCAGUCAGAGGACCGGGGACUGCCCUCUCUGUGGGGGCCACAGGGCCUGACAGAGAUGUCCAGUGUCAUGAAUGAACUGUCGGUGCUCGAAGAGAUCGAGCAGGAGCUCACGUUUCACGAAAUGUCCAUCAUCGAGGAGUACGAGAGGAACCAGCAGUUUGAGCAGCAGUACAUAUCGUCUGUCGUGGACGGGAUGGAUGACACGCGUAUUAUUUGUCCCUUAUGUCACAUGAAUAACUUGAACAUCAACAGCCAUUUUGUCUCGUGUACCUGUGGACUAUAUGUUAACACUAAGAACCGGAACAUCACUCCUGAUGUCUUGCAGCAUCUCCUGGAGUCCCGGGUGUCGGAGCACAUGGAGGACUGUUUGCACAACCCUGUUUUCUCCGUAGCUCCCAACACAGACAGCUCUGCUAACCUGCUCAUAAGCUGCAAGGUGUGUGACUACCUGUCCAUUGUGCUGUGAAAGCAGGCGUGCCUUCAUGAGUGACUGAACUCGUGAGAUCUGAUGUUUGAGUUUUCUGUGCUCUCUGUCUAUAUUUGAAAUAAAGAUUAUUUUUUUUAAUAUUUAA